UAAAGUGUAUGGCAAAAUUAAAACAAGACUUUGUUGAAAAUGAAGUUGUAUGUACAUGUUUCAAUCCUUGCAGCGAAGUUCAAUAUGUCAAAAGUGUUAGUCAGAGACAGUGGCCAGACGACGAGUAUGCGAUGAUAUUACUGCAAGGAAUCUGCGACAAAGACCCGGAUGAAUGCGUAUUAUUGAGAACAUUUGUUGAUGAUCCAGUCAAAAUGAAUAAAAACUUCUUGAAGCUUAAUAUAUAUUAUGAAGAUCUGAACUACGAGAAUCUCACAGAAGUUCCAGAAAUAGAGGUUCAGCAGUUUCUUUCUGACGUGGGCGGAGCUAUUGGUUUAUGGAUAGGUCUGUCAAUAUUGAGCCUUUGUGAACUUGUUCAACUAUUUGUUGAGUUAUGUGAUUAUGGUAUACAUAAAACAAUUAAGGAAAAAAGAAAAGGAAGAAGACAACGUCGAAAAGGUCAAAGAAACCUUGCCAAUGGUAUUUCCAAACAUCGAAAUGACUGGUCAGGGUACAAUUUUGACCCCGACACAAUAAUACCUCCAGUCGAUUUGCCAAAAAUACAGGGAACCGAUAGCUCUAAAGAAUAUUCGUACACCGGAAGUGACGUCAUGUAUGAACGCCCGCGUAGACAAAUUGAUAACAAACCACAGUACUCCUAUUUAAGGCACUGAUGAUAUGGUAUCUGAGUGUUCCACAUCUUUGUCAAUGAUAGUGUAGUUCUAUUUGAAUGCACAUCUGAAUAUACUUUUAUAGUUAAUUUGAAGGAAAAGUUGGAUCGUGUGUAUACAUUUUUAAAAAGGAAACAUAAAUCAAGUAUUAACAUUUUACACGUCAAAAUCUUAAAAGCCACUUUUGUUCUUAGUAAUAUAUGUUGUUAAUACAAUUUUGUACAUAAUCUUAUCUGAGCAAAUGGCAAAAUAUUUUAUCGUCAUACUACUUUUAAAUGUUACUUUGUUUUAUCUAUAAAUUGUUCUAUACCGAAA